AUGAAUGGAUACAACCUUUGUGCAAUGAAUUCUUUGAGUGCUAUGUACCAGCAUGUACAACAUUCCCAUGAUUGCCAGACAUCUGUUCAGGGAUUAACUCUUGCUGAGAGACUAGCUGACAUCAUUCUAGAAGCUCGCUACGGUUCUCAGCACCGGAAACAGCGUCGGAGCCGCACAGCAUUCACAGCACAACAGUUGAAGGCAUUGGAGAGGAUAUUCCAGAAGACCCACUACCCUGAUGUUAUCAUGCGUGAAAGACUGGCCAUAUGCACAAAUCUGCCAGAGGCACGUGUUCAAGUAUGGUUUAAAAAUCGCCGUGCUAAAUUUCGCAAAAUACAGCACAUUCUUCAGAAAGAGCAGUUGCUGAAGCAGAAAGAGGCAACUGCGAAGACAAUUCUAAAAUCAACUGAUGAGAAGAAACUGCCCUCUGUCAUCACCUUUGAAAAUGAUUUGUCCUUUUCCUCUACAUUAAUGGAGGAGGAGCCUAAACACAAAUCACCUGCAGGCUUGAGUUCAGUAAAGCAGUCCAGCGGGUCAACUUUGAAGGACACCUCUUACAAGCCAGAAGAAUUAACAGAUAAUGUCCAGUUCCCCCACUGUGUCAGCGCUGAGAUCUCUCAAAUACACUCUUACACCUCUUCACCAGUCAGCCUCUUCUACCUGCAGGAGCAGUUUUCCCAGAACACAGCCACCACCAACCUGAUGCAUUUCCCCUCUUUUCAAAUGUGUACUCCUCCCUCAUCACACUUGAAGUCCCAGCCCUAUGACUGCCCUACCAUCGCCUGUUACUGUCCCCUUGCCCGGAUUCCUGGCCCACGCACCCUAGUGACCCACUACUUCCCCUAUGACAAUUCCUAA